AUGUCCAAAGGAAUGUCGUACACGAAGGUGGGUGCUUCCCUAGACGACCUGGAGGAAGGCGACGAUGAUGGGUCACCACUGGCAAUGCGGCGGGCAGCCCCGUGCAAUGGCGUGCCCUCUGCAAGCACGAGCGUCUGCCAGCGCUUUGCCACAGCAGGUAGUCUGGGCGGCAUCAGACUGCUUGUGCUCGUUGGUGUCGUGCUGCAGAACACCGCCUACUCCCUCGCUCGCCGCUACUCGCGUGGCACGCUCCAGGAGAAAUACUCGGCUUCGUCGGCGCUCAUCGUGAUGGAGCUGGCCAAAGGCGCCCUCUCGUGCUGGAAGAUUGCGUACUCAGAGGCGCCCUCUGACGUGCCCGCUGGGCCUCUGCUCUCGAAGUGCGCCUUUCUCGCCCGGCACUCUAUGACGAUGCUGGUCCCCGCCGCCAUCUACCUGGCAAUGAACAUCCUCGGCUUUGUUGCCCUGCAAUACCUCGACGCGGCGACCUUUGCCGUGCUGGCGCAGAUGAAGGUGCUGUCGACGGCGGUCUUCUCGGUGCUCAUCUUGCAACGCCGGCUGCACGUGCGCAAGUGGCGCGCGCUGACGCUGCUCACCACAGGGGUUGUGCUGCUCUCGCACGAGGCGAUGCCGAAAAAGACGGACAGCACGCAGGGCAAGGCGAUGUCCGACUUUGGAGUCGGAGUGGCGGCGGUUGGGUGCGAGGUGCUGCUCUCCGGCUUUGUCUCAAUUUACUUUGAGAAGGUGCUCAAGAGCAAGACCGAGGUGUACAGCGUGUGGGACCGCAACUUCCAGCUCGCGUUUUGGUCCAUCCUCAUCUACACGCCCAUCAUGCUGCACGACCGACCUGGCGAUCCGUUCGGCGGCUGGACGCCGAUGGCGGCGGCCUGCGCGGCGAUCGGAGCCGCUGGUGGCGUGCUGGUCGCGCUGAGCAUCAAGUACGCCGACUCGAUCCUGAAGACCAUCGCGACGUCAGGCGCAAUCGUCCUCACGACGGCCCUCAACGCCGCCCUCCUCGACGGGCCAUGGGGGCUCUCCAUCAUCGCCGGCGCCAUCGUGGUGGUCACCGCAGUGUUUGACUACAACGACAAGGGUGACCCCGAGACACGGCUCUCGCACGCUGUUGAUCGGCUCGCACGCAACUCUGCGUCUGCCUGA